AACACGUGCACCCUAAAACAAAGGGUUCUAAUUAAUGAAAACCGCUAAAUAGCCACUUUUUACAUGUGGCCAAAAAUGCGUGAAAAUGUAUUCCUCUUCUAAUGCAGCAGCGCAAUUCUCCGAGGAAAGGGUAAUCUAACCUGGUUUCACUACUAAUAACGAAGAAAAUUAAUAAUUGUAACGAUGUUGAGCAGGGAUUUUGUUUACCAAAAUUACAACAAUUAUAAAAAAAGAAAGCAAUCAAGAGUGACAAACCUUGAAUGACUUAAUUUUCCCGCGAAACGUUUGAAUAAUCCGUAAGUUCCACAAUGCCACGCGAAGCUCUUCAACUUGUAAUCAGAAUAUUAAUUUUAGACAAAUUCGUUCCCAUGUCAAUCAAACGUCAGAAAGUACAAACUGAACUAAAGGUAAGUCAUGAAUCGUUGCUUUUUAGCUAUCAAUGUGUUUUUUGUCUUGUUUUGCUUUGUUUUUUUCGCCCGUUUGUAGGUGGUCGUUUGGCAUACUACUUUGGGAAAUGGCAACUUAUGGUGACUCACCAUACCCUGACAUCCCAACACCACUUGCCUUGGUAAGUCGGCUUUCUACGGGCUACCGGAUGUCACGUCCUCAUCAAUGCUCGGAAGAACUAUAUACGCUGAUGAGAUCUUGUUGGAACGAAGAUCCUUUGAUGAGACCUUCGUUUGCUGACAUCGUAGAUCAGCUGGCAUACUUCUUGCGAGAAGUAAAGAGGAUAUAUAUUAACAUCACUGAGGAUGAAAUUAGUGGCAGUUUUGAAGUGAACUAGAGUCAAAGCAUGCUUAUGUAGAAAGACUAUGUUCAUAACCCGAGUGAUAUUUUAGUUCACAACGUAAAACUACCUUCAGUUGUGUCACUUUCAGUUUUCUACAUUAUAAUAAUCUGAUAAGCGACAGCGCUUAAAGUCAUAGGAUUUUAGUCACAAUCAUAUAAUCAUAGAAUCUUUCGUCUUGUAGAAUUUAAAAACAAUGCUGUUAAAGAAAGAUCUUAUCCGUUUUGUUGAGAGAUACAAAGAG